ACGCAGCCUUCCCCGGGGAGCGCGGCCUGAGGGGCGGAGGAUGAGGAUGGGCGAGCCCCGCCAGGGACAGCUAGAACAUCAAAACAUCCUUAUUCCCAACCCGGAACAAAGCCUGAUCCCUGAAGGGAGGAAGCCGGAGGAAUCCCAGCCGGAUCCCCCUAAGGUGUUCGAGGAUCCCUUCGAGACGGCCGUCAGGUACAUGGAGAAGCACAACGUUCUGCAGAUAUUCCAGCAGAUCACGGAAGACCUAGUGUACGAGAAGCCACAGGACCCCUUACGGUUCAUGCUGAAGCAGGUCCAAACCAUGUUGAACGAAAGAGACGAGAAAUGACAGCCCUGGCAGCCUCCAGAGUUGACGGCCUCCAUCAGCAGUGACCUCCAACCGUAGCCUCCAUCCAUCAGCGACGGCGUCCACCGGCAUCGGCCUCCAUCUCCAGCGG